AUGGAUACAGCAGUAAAUACGAAAUUACCAAAAUGUGAUUACGAACAAAUCAUCUUUGGAAAUGAGUUUGCUUACAGAGGCGCUUAUUUUAGAGAGCUAUUAAACUUAAAUGAAAUUCGCCAAGGCGGUGAGUUCAUACCAUCGGAAUGUAGGCCAGAAUUCAGCACCGCAAUCAUAAUACCAUAUCGUCAUCGAAAAGACCAGCUAGAAGCAUUUAUCGUUUAUAUUCAUAACUUUAUGCGACAACAACAGAUUCAUUAUCGCAUUUUUUUGGUUGAACAAAACGAUGAGAAGCCAUUCAAUCGAGCAAAACUCCUGAACAUUGGAGCAGUCCAUGCGAUUAAAGAGAAAUUUCCCUGUUUGAUAUUUCAUGAUGUUGAUUUGUUUCCAAUGAAUGUUGGCAAUUUAUAUGUGUGCACAGCUCAGCCCCGGCACAUGCCUGUUUACAUCGAUAAAUAUCAUUUUAAUGUGGUUUACAAAGACUAUUUUGGUGGCUGUGUUGCAAUGCGAACCGAAACCUUUCAGAUCAUCAACGGAAUGUCGAAUUUAUUUUUCGGAUGGGGAGGUGAAGAUGAUAAUUGCUUUGAUCGUGUCAAAUCGAAAGGAUUCAAAAUAUGUAGAUUCGGACCCAAUUAUAGCAAGUACAUGAUGCUUCCGCAUAAAAAAGAAAUACCAAUCGUACAUCUUAAAGCGUUGAUGGAAAAUGCAGCAAAACAAUUCCACACCGAUGGACUCAAUUCGUUGAAUUAUACGGAAAAAAUUGUGAUACUGCAACCAUUCUACACACAUAUCCGGGUGGAACUUUGA